AUGCGACCAGGACUAUCCGUUACCCAGAUCGUAGGCGCAAGCCUAGUUGCGAACCAAUUUGCGAGCGCAUUAUCACCGCGCACGAAAAUCGACGAUGCUUAUGAUUUUGUGAUUGUUGGAGGAGGUCAAGCUGGACUCGUGUUGGGCGCUCGUCUUUCGGAGGAUAAGAACCACACUGUACUUGUUCUUGAGUCGGGCGGAGACGGAGACGAGUAUCGCAAGCGCAUAGAUACACCGGCAUAUUCUUAUUUCGAUUCUUUAUGGACAACGCCUUUGAAUUGGGAUUUCUAUACUGUUGCUCAACCUAAUGCAAACGACCGCGAGAUUGAAUGGCCCCGUGGCAAGGUCCUUGGAGGCAGUUCCGCCAUCAAUGGGUUGUACAUGACCCGUCCCGGUAAAGAUGAGAUUAACGCCUGGAAAGACAUGCUGGGAGAUAUGGACGGUGCCGAUAACUGGUCGUGGGACUCAUUCUACGCUGCUAUGAAAAAAAGCGAGAAUUUCAGUGCUCCAACUGAUCAAGAUGUGAUUGAUGAGGCGGGGCUCGUCUGGAAUGCAUCAUAUCAUGGCACCAGCGGGCCGAUCCAUACAACAUACCCAGACUACACAUUCCCCGAAGUGGGCAAUUGGUUAAAGUCACUGCAGAGCAUGGGCAUUCCCAUUUCUCCCAAUAUGUACGGAGGUGAAAACUUGGGCGCUGACGUCUCGACCUCUUGCAUCAACCCUUCAAAUUGGACGCGGUCAUACAGUCGUUCCGGUUAUCUCGAUCCGCUUGCAGACCAGGGCAACUACGAUGUAUUGGCAAAUGCGCAUGUGACCCGGCUUGUUUUCGGCAAUUCUACAUCUUCCGGCAAGAAAACAGCAAAUGCUGUUGAAUACACAACUGACAGCGGUUCAACGAAACUGAAGGUUAAGGUUAACAAGGAAGUCAUCCUAGCUGGUGGCACUAUCGGCAGCCCGGCUGUAUUGCUCUACAGUGGUGUCGGCCCCAAGGAUGUCCUAUCCAAGGCUGGUGUUGACCUUGUAUCUGAACUUCCUGGUGUCGGUCAACACCUUCAAGACCAUUUUAGUGCCACAGUGAAAUGGAGCUCGAAUGUGGACACUGCAGGUUCCAUCUUUUACGACAACGGCAAAGAUAAGAACAAUCCCAAAUUCCUCACUUACAUCGAUUCGGCCGUUGCCUACGUGAAUUCCACCGCUAUGUACGGCAGCAAAGUCGAUGAAUAUGACUCGAAAUUCAUCGCUUCAAUCGAUCAGUAUGCACCGAACACGACUUAUGACGACGGCGUGGUCACCGGCUACAAAGCAAUCUGUAACACAACAUCGAAGAUUUUCAACGGCUCGACUGGUCAAAUCGAGCUCCUGUUCAUGAACAGCGAUGGGAAUGGCGAUAUUGGCAUCACAGCUGCCCUCCAACACCCAUUCAGCCACGGCCGUAUCUACAUCAACUCGUCAAACCCAAUGGACUACCCUGUCAUCGACCCGAACUACCUGAACAACCCAGCUGACUACGAGAUCCUCCUCGCAGGUAUCAAACUCGCCCGCCAAAUCGGCGAAACCAGCCCAAUGAGCAAAAGCCUCACAAACGAAACAUCCCCGGGGACAAGCGUCCAGAGUGACGACGACUGGGUAGCAUGGCUACGCAAGAACGGCGGCACAGAGUUCCACCCGUCUUCGUCAUGCGCAAUGCUGCCCCAGAAUCAGGGCGGCGUGGUCGACGCCAAUCUGCUCGUAUACGGCCUUUCCAAUGUGCGCAUUGCAGAUGCCAGUGUCAUCCCCAUCGCUUUGUCCACGCACUUGAUGUCCUCGACAUACGGCGUGGCUGAGCAAGCGAGCGACAUUAUUCGCAAAUAUUACAACUUGCCGUCGGAACCCGAGCCAGCUUUCAGUGGAUCGACUUCCACGCCUUCCAGCACCACAGCUACUGCGAAGAAGAGUGGUACCCCGAAGAGCAAUAGUAGUCCCACUAGUAAUGGCGGUGCUGCUUUGUCGCCCGUGUGGACUUCUCUUGUUCUUGUUUCUUUGCAUGCUGUUGUUGGCUACGGCCUGUAUAUCUAG